AUGUUUUUGAGAGUUUAUAGGGUAAAAGAAGAGAAACAAACAUUGUAAUUAGAUUAUAAUUAAGUAAGAAAUCAAUUAGAAUAAUCAUUAAAAAAUUAUGAGAUUUUACAAUCUUAAUAAUUGAUAAUAUAAAAGGCAGAAUACCUUCCAGGAACUGAUGUAAAAAAUUAGACUAGGAGUUAGCAUCAUCAAAAGCUAUUAUUAGUAGAUUCGAAAUUGAGAAGACAGAUCUUAAUUCUUAGAUUAAUCAGAGAAAUAAGAAUUAUAAAAGAAAUUAGAAAAUUAUCAACAAUUAAGUCCUUUGAGAUAAAAGGAUUAUAAAAAGAUUUAGAAUUUGAAUAGAAUCGUAGGAAUUUCAAAAAAAAAAGGAUGAAAUAAAUAUAUAAUUAUUUUUCAAAGGAAAAAAUAAAGUAUAUUAAAAUAAAUAAAUUAGACAAUUGGAAUAAUAACUCUAAGAAGUAAAUACAAAGAACUAAGAACUAAAUAGGGAGAAAGUUAUAUUGGAGACAAAAAUUAAUAUUGAUACUUAAAAUGUAGAAAGAUUGAAUGAAUUAUUUUAAUAAAAUUUAUAACUAGAGAAGAGAAUAGCAGAUUAUAAAGUUUAGGUUGGGAGUUCAAAUGAUUAAAUAAAGAAGUUAUAGAGUACAAGUUAAAUAGAGAUAAGAGGUUAAAUAAUAAAUGGAUAGGAUUUAGUAAGUGCUGAAAGAAUUUAGGUAAUAUUAUUUAAUAGAGAUAAUAGAAUUAUGAGAUUAAGAUAAUUAAAUUGAAUGCAGAACUUGUAAAUUUUUAAUAAUUAUUAAAUGAAAAUUAGAAAUAAUUAUCAGAUGUAAAGGAAAAAUGUCAUUAGAAUUAUUAAAAAAUAAUGGAGUUAGAGAAGAAUGUAGAGGAUUUGACUUAUUUAUUGAAAGAGAAAGAAAGAUUAAUAAAAGAGAGAGAACAAAAUAUAAAUUAAAUAUCAAUAAAAUAUUAAGAAUCAAAGAGAGUUUAAAUAAUAUAUUAACAUAUAAAAAAAUACAAAGAGAUAGCUUAAUAAGUAGACCCUAAAAAGGUCUUAGAGAUUGAUAGUGAGAUUUUUAAAGUUGAAGAGAGAUUAAGUGCAUUAGAAGAAUAAAGAAAUUAAGAAUAAAUAAGAGAAGAAGAAUAAAGACAGAAAGAAUUAGAUGUUCGAUAAAAGAAAUUGAAAUAGGAAUAAUAAUAAUAUUCUGAUUUAUUGUAAAAGAGUAAAGUUUAGAAAUAUAAAACAAUAUAAUGUAAUUAGAAUAAUUAACAUUAGUUUUAAAAAUGUAAAUGUUAGAAAGUCAUGGUAUAAUUGAGGUCGGUCUGCUUUUAAAUAGAUGUAACUUAGUCUAUGGAUCCUUAUAAACAAUAGGUUAUGUAAUGUAUCAAAGAAAGUUUGAAGACAAUAAAGAUUAAAACAAAUAGAGAUUGUUUAUGGGCAACUAUUGGUUAUUAAGAUUUUGAAGAAUUAAAUGAAUUAGAAAUAGCAGAGGAUUUAAGAGGAGCUAUUAUUU